AUGGUUACCAACCCUAACCAUAAUAACUCUCUCUCCCUCUCCGCAGGAGUGUCCCCGGAUGGCGUGACCUUUGACCUGUCCCAGGACGGCGGCGCCACGGUGGAGCUGGCCAACGUCUGGAUCUUCCUGAAGAAGGGAAAACGAGCAGGCGGCAAAGUGUUGCUGCGGCUGCUGCAGUGUCACCGUGACAACAGCGGCGAUAAGACUGACGAAUGUGUUUCGGAGAAGAUGGUGGACGCUCGGCGCAGCGGCUGGCACACGCUUGGCGUAUCCCACAGCUUGCAGGCGCUAUUGGACGCAGGUGGAGGCUCGCUCCACCUGCGGGUGUCCUGCCCGCUGUGCGGCGACGCCGAGCCCGUCCUGGCCCAGACCCACCGGGCCCAGACCCACCGAGACCAGUCCCACAGGGACCAGUCUCACCGUCCGUUCCUCAUGGCCGUGCUGCAAGCCGGCGAGGAGGCGACGCCUCGGCGAGUCAAACGAGGUCUGGAGUGCGACGGGAAGAUCCGCGUCUGCUGCAAACGCCAGUUUUACGUCAACUUCAAAGACAUCGGCUGGAACGACUGGAUUAUUGCGCCGUCCGGUUACCAUGCCAAUUACUGCGAGGGGGAGUGUCCGAGUCACAUGGCGGGUUUUAGUGGCUCGGCGCUGUCCUUCCACUCCACCGUCAUCAACCACUACCGCAUGCGGGGCUACAGCCCGUUCCAGGGCGCCCGGUCCUGCUGCGUCCCCACGCGGCUGCGGGCCAUGUCCAUGCUGUACUACAACGAGGAGCAGAAGAUCAUCAAGAAGGACAUCCAGGACAUGGUGGUGGACGAAUGCGGCUGCUCCUAGA